GGUGCCUGUCUCCCUGGUGCUGCUGCGGCUAUCGAACAGUGAGCGCUGUGUGACACAGUGUGUUGAUGGUGGUGUCUCCGGCUCCACGCAGUGUCCAAUGAGCUACAUGUGUGCUACAUAUGUGUGUGGAGGAUGAGCCGCUCACACGUCGCAGCUGAAUGAAGAGAAGAAGAUAGAAGAGGCUGGAAAACACGAGCUCCACAUGCGAAGCGGCGUCGCCUCGCUCCUGCUCCCCCGGAAACAAAGCUACACCAGGCGAAUGCGGAUUUCACUUUUCCUCCGGCUCCAUCUGUAGCCGCGGUUCGUGGAGUUGACGUCGAGCGGGAGGAGACAUCUUUGCCAUCGGUGAGAUGCAUCGUGUGGGGGACUGAGCCUCGACAUGGGAGAACGAAGCAGGUGAGAUCCCCAAGGAACCAUCCGGACCCGAGCCAGCUGUGUGCCAUGUUAUUGUUCACUGAUGUGUUGUUAACAGGGCGACACCAUGAUGGGCAUGUCAACUCUCCACGGACACUCGGUGUGUCCUCGUUGAUUUGACGGAACAGCACAGAGACAGUGUUUCUAUGACUGGUCCCACAGCCAUGAAGACGCCGCCAUGUUGCAUUGAGCUGGGAAUACCUGCAUCCACCUCACCAUGUUUGGGAUGAGCUCACCAGCAACAAUGGUUGCUCACGCCGGGGAAGAAUGGUUCACUCCACUACUGCCCCCCCUCCAGAGGCAAGGGACAUCCACAUCAGUCUCUGCUGCCUCUAUACGGGGCUGCUGAACUACUCUGAGAGGCUGGCGAUGGAGAACAUCUCCAUGGCGAACCUUUCCCUGGGCUCCCGGUCGCCCCUGGAGCCGGUCAUGCCAACAGUGGAGGCCCAGGGGAGUUUACAGGGUGUCGGCCUCCCUCUGCAGGUCUUCUUUUGCUCUGUCAUGGUUGCCAUCCUGCUGGUGGCACUGUUGGGAAAUGUGGUGGUGUGCCUGAUGGUGUACCAGAGAUCUGCCAUGCGCUCGGCCAUAAACAUCCUCCUGGCAAGCCUGGCAUUUGCAGACAUGAUGCUGGCCAUCCUGAACAUGCCCUUUGCUCUGGUUACUGUGGUGACCACCAACUGGAUUUUUGGAGACGUUUUCUGUCGAGUGUCAGCCAUGCUCUUUUGGUUCUUUGUGAUGGAAGGCGUGGCUGUACUGCUUAUAAUAAGCAUAGAUCGCUUUCUUAUUAUUGUCCAAAAGCAAGAUAAGCUGAGCCCACAGAGAGCUAAAGUGCUUAUAGUGGUCACAUGGGGACUGUCCUUCAUUUUUUCUUUCCCCCUGGCGGUUGGCUCCCCUCCCCUUCAGAUCCCCCCCAGGGCCCCUCAGUGUGUGUUUGGCUACAGCAUUGAGCCUGGCUACCAUGCCUAUGUAUUGAUCCUAAUGUUAGUCUUCUUCUUCGUGCCUUUCAUGGUCAUGCUAUACACAUUCAUGGGGAUCCUGAACACCAUCCGCCACAAUGCCAUCCGCAUCCACAGCCACCCAGACAGCAUCUGUCUAAGCCAGGCCAGCAAACUGGGUCUGCUGAGCCUCCAGAGGCCCUUCCAAAUGAAUAUAGACAUGAGCUUCAAGACCCGUGCCUUCACCACCAUCCUCAUCCUCUUCUCCGUGUUUACAGUGUGCUGGGCACCCUUCACAGCCUAUAGCCUGGUAACUACCUUUAGCGAUGGGUUCUACCACAAAGACAGCUUUUUUCAAAUCAGUACAUGGGUCCUGUGGUUGUGCUACCUCAAGUCAGCCCUCAACCCUCUCAUUUACUACUGGCGGAUCAAGAAGUUCCGCGAUGCCUGCCUUGAUCUGAUGCCCAAGUACUUUAAGUUUCUUCCUCAGCUGCCAGGAAACACGAAGCGGCGCAUACAGCCAAGCGCAGUCUAUGUGUGUGGGGAGAAUCGCUCUGUGGUUUGAAGUAAAAUCCACACUCAAACACUUAAAUCUUUACAUACUGUACUGUAUUUGCCUGUUUUGCUGUUUGUUGGUAAAUUUCUCUUAGCAGGUGUUCAGACAGAAAUUAGCACUGCAUUAAAAAAGGCGCAGGUGAAAUGCAAUCUACAAAGUCCAGUUUGAAGCAAACAUCUAUGAGUUUCAAAGCUUGUUUGAUUCCAAAUCACUGUUCAGUGAUAACAAAUUUAUUUGAGAUUCUUCACAUAUAUAAAAAAUCUAUAUAUUUUAAUACCCAAUUUUGACGAAUAUUUCUUUGUGUUGUUUGACAAAAGAAGAUACUUGAGAAUUGAUGAUUAUGUAGUCAGCUCUAGAAUAUCGAUUAUUUUUUAUAACCCAUCCCUAAGAGAAACCAUCUUCCCCUGUAUCUUGCCAACAUUGCCAUAAUUAUAUUAUGCUGUUACUCACAGUGGAAGUGUGCAGGGUAUUGUGUGCUACAUGUCUGAUUGGCUGGAUAAUGUGCUUUGUUGCAGCAAAAGUUGAGUCAGGGUCAACCUUUUUGCUGGACAACCUUACAUUUUAGCUGGAACCCUCAUAAGAACAGUGUUUAAUGCUGUGCUAAUUUUAGUCUGACACACCAUUUUGCACUGAUGCUCAGAAACAGUCAGAGCGUAUGUUAAGAUUCGUGGUAGCCAUGGAAUAUCUGGGGGUCAAAAGCAACUGGACUCUCCAUGUGCAAAAUGUUUUAGUGUUCAGCCAGAGUCUUCAUUUCUCUCAUUGUGGUGGUGGUGUUCAGUACCCGAUGGCUGGACUUAAAACUUGUUUUAGAAUCAUGCUAUAUUUUCUAUAAUAUCAGAUUAGUCUGGUGAGUAUGAAUGGUCUAUCGAUAUUUUUUACACUUAAAUACUUGAUGCCAAAUGUAACUUUUUUUCUGGACCGCAGUCAGAGUCCGGUUUUCUAUCAAAGCUGGGCGCACACUGUACGAUUUUAGAAAUGCUGUUGUUAAAUUCCAACUCAUACUACGCUAGUUAAUCGUCUGCAAUUGAUGUUCAUGGUGUGUUAGCGUUGGGAUAACGAGUACUUUUAUAGUUUCAUCCUCUCCUUUGAGUAGGUUUAUCCUAUAAAAUCUGAUAUUUAUUAGUAAUGGGAGAUAGAUAGUUUACAGAUUUACCUUUUGACAGCCUCCCCCUCAAUGCAGUCAGCCCUCAGCAAAAUGACAGUACACUGUUGCGAGGUGCACACUCUAUUUAAAAGGAAGGAUAAGAGAAGUUUACUACAAUGGUUGGUUAAUCCCUGCUGGUACCACACCACGAGUACAUCUCAAUCUCUCAAUUUCUCCAUGUCCACAGAUUCGCCAGGCGCAUCCUGUCACCAGUUUGCCAUAUGUGCACAGUCACGCUCCCUGCGCAUUGAACCUUUAACUGUGCUCUUGAUAGGGCCCUUUGUUUUUAUUAACUAGUAAUCGUACACGUUUCCACCACAGUAUGGCCUACAUCAGAGUCAGCGCAUACAGUGCUUGUCAAACUAAGGCUCAUUAUAGAGGCUACAUCACGUGAUCAAGUGAAACGUUUCAUCUCUCAUCCAUGAGGCUUCUUCUGUUCAGUUCACUGUCUCUGUGUUUGCCACUUCAAGCAGUCAGGAAAAAAGGCACAGAGACGGAGGGACCGACUCAUGGCUCUGCUUCAACCGUGCGAGACGAUGAAGUCAGCCGACCAAACAUUUUCAGAAUUGUAUAGGUGCAUACAUUUCACCCCUGUGCACUGCAUGACAAACAUUUCACGACAAAUCUGAAAAUCAAGUCAUACGACUCAGAAACCGGCUUAAAUCGUACAGUGUGUGGCCAGCUUUUGAGUGUGUGAAGAUUGAGAUCAGGUAUAUCAAGUAUCAACUCAAAAACAACUGUGCUGGCUGUUUUGUCUCUUAGCAGAACAACGAAUGAGUACUUUUGUCUUUGAUUUAGUGCUGUACUGGAUAGAAUACAUGGCAGAAGAGGUAAACCAACUGUCCACAUACAGCUUUAGUGAUCUUCAAUUAAACUUCUAUAAUAGAGCUGGGUAUUUGAAGGUGUUUGAUACUAGUGCCAGUGAAAUCCCUGAGGGAAAACAGUUCAAGUUCCCCAAUGUUAAAUGUGUAAAACAGAAGCAGCCAUACAAGUUUUUUGCCUUUUUAUAGUCAAAAUUUUAUAAAAUUACUACUGAAAUUAGGAAGUACUGGGUCAAAGAGAGAUUCAGCAUGAUAAUUAUGACAUUGAUUAUUGACAAUACUUGACUGUUUUAAUACUUUGUUAGACUUCAUAGUUAUUUUGCUCCGGGGAUAUUCAAGUAGAUCAGCCAGCCCAACUCAUAGACCGGAAUGCAUUGCAGCAACAUUACUUUUAAUGCCAAGAAUACAGUCACGGAUAACCUUGCUCUCUUGCUCUUAUGCUAUCACUCUAGCUAUGGUUAUUUUUCCACCUACUCAUCCAACAGAACGCACUUUGUCUCUGAGUGUCGUUCUGGGUAAUAACAGAAAGCUUUAAAUUAAGUUGUCAACUAGGAAACAUAAAAAUCAUAAAAAGAAUGAAACCACUUUAUAAUUGCUGGAAUGCACUGAAUGGCGCCGACCAUACAGGAAUAUCCACAAAUGAAUUUUAACUUUAAUAUGAGCUAAAAAGAAAACACUGGCGCUGUUGGACUUUACAUGAUCACAUCUUUUCUUGCCACUGGGAUCAUGAGUCGAGGGAAAAGGUCUGUUUGUUUUAGCUGUGUACAAGUUAUACAGGGCAUGUAAAUUAACAGCUUAAAUGGUUUGAAUGUGGUCAGAAAGUGGCCAUGACCCAUUUGAACAUGUUUGAAUUUCAAUGUUUUUGGAUGUGCCUAUUGAUUAGUCCACUUGCCAGUAAGAAUGCUGCUAUAUCUGGUGAAAAUGUGCAAUUUCAGUGUACUGUACUGUUGAAUGUAAUAAAGAAAUAGACAUUUCUUACCUUGGUAA